AUGGUUGAGCAGGUUGGCGGUAUGCUGGCCUACUACCUCCUCUACACUGACGCUGCCAACCCCAACGGCAAGAUCACCGCCUUCCCCGAGGGUUUCCAGAUGAUCUCUGGUGACAAGCGCCAGCGUAGCUUCCCCUACCCCAUUCCUGACAACGACAAGUCCUCGUGGACUGCCAACCAGAAGACCCAGAGUGCUCUCUCCCAGAAGGCUCUUGGUUUCAACUGCUUGAACUACGCCGCCAACCCCGAGGCAUCUCUCUACCGUCACUUCUUGCCCGACAAGGAGUACCUCGACGCCAACUGCGUUGACGGUAUCCGUCUCGAGCUCAUGUUCCCCUCGUGCUGGAACGGCAAGGAUGUCGACUCGGAUGACCACAGAUCCCACGUCGCCUUCCCCGACCUGGUCAUGAGCGGUUCCUGCCCUGAAGGCUUCGGCACCAAGCUNCCCUCGCUCUUCUUCGAGACCAUCUUCAACACCUACGCCUUCAAGGGUAUGGACGGCCAAUUCGUCCUCUCCAACGGCGACCCUACUGGUUACGGAUACCACGGUGAUUUCCAGAUGGGCUGGGACAGCAGCGACUUCCUCCAGUCUGCCGUCGACACCUGCACCAAUGCCUCUGGCCAGAUCGAGGACUGCCCUCUGUUCAACAUCCAGACCGAGGCCCAGGAGCAGCAGUGCACAUUCAAGGAUGUUGAUGCCAUCAAGGACGACAACCCUCUUGGUCCCCGCGACGGUCUCCCCAUCGCUGUCCCCAUCCAGUCCGGUCCUUCAUACGCCACCGUUUACCCCGUUGUCCUUGCUGGUGACGAGACCCAGGCUGCUGCCACCUCGACCAAGGCUUCUGCCCAGGUCACCUCGGCCGCUUCCGCAUCCGCUGUUGUCCCCACUCUGAGCUACACUCCCGGUACGUCGUCCAUCACCGACAAGUACGGUGGCGGCAUUCUCCUUGCCAACACCGCCUCGUCGUACGUCCAGACCGAGUCCGUCUCGACCGUCACUGCCGCUGCCUCGCUCGCCAACGCCGAGACUGACGCUGCCGGCAACAUCAUCGCCACUUCGUGGUACACAUCUGGCAACCAGGUCAUGGAGAUGAUGAUCGAGGAGGUCGACGUCACCGUCACCGCCACCGCUGUCGAGACUGCCAACGCCCACGCUCGCCGCCACGUUGGCAAGGAGCACCGCCGUGUCCGUGGCCACCCCCGUCGCUAA